CUUAGCCCUCGGCAGACGCUGCGAAGAACGUACUGCUAUCGCCCCCACUUGAGAUGAGAAACUGCGGGUCGCCAAGGCUGAGGCCACAGCCUGCCGACCCCGGGCGCCCGCACUCCUCUACCCUAUAGGGACACAGAAGCGCGGUUACCCUGACAACCCGCGGGCGCCCAGGGCCGUGGGAGGCGCUCCCGGCCUGCCCCGCGCGGCGCCGGAAGUGAGUGAGCAUUUCCGGCGCCCCCCCCCACCCGGCGCUGACUUCUCGUGGUAGCGCGGCCCUGGGGUCUCUCGCCGUCAUGAAGGACGUGCCCGGCUUCCUGCAGCAGAGCCAGAGCUCCGGGCCCGGCGAGGCCGCCGUGUGGCACCGUCUGGAGGAGCUCUACACGAAGAAGUUGUGGCAUCAGCUGACACUUCAGGUGCUUGAGUUUGUGCAGGACCCGUGCUUUGCCCAAGGAGAUGGUCUCAUUAAGCUUUAUGAAAACUUCAUCAGUGAUUUUGAGCACAGGGUGAAUCCCCUGUCACUGGUAGAGAUCAUUCUUCAUGUAGUCAGACAGAUGACAGAUCCUAAUGUGGCUCUUACUUUCCUGGAAAAGACUCGGGAGAAAGUGAAAAGUAGCGACGAGGCUGUGAUCCUGUGUAAAACCGCCAUUGGAGCCCUAAAAUUAAACAUCGGGGACCUACAGGUUACAAAGGAAACAAUCGAAGAUGUUGAAGAAAUGCUCAACAACCUCCCUGGUGUGACGUCAGUUCACAGUCGUUUCUAUGAUCUCUCCAGUAAAUACUAUCAAACGAUUGGAAACCACGCGUCCUACUACAAAGACGCUCUGCGGUUUCUGGGCUGUGUCGACAUCAAGGACCUGCCAGUGCCGGAGCAGCAGGAGAGAGCAUUCACACUGGGACUGGCAGGCCUUCUCGGCGAGGGAGUGUUUAACUUCGGAGAACUUCUCAUGCACCCCGUGCUGGAGUCACUGAGGGGCACUGACCGGCAGUGGCUGAUUGACACCCUUUAUGCCUUCAACAGCGGCAAUGUAGAGAGAUUCCAGACUCUGAAGGCCGCCUGGGGCCAGCAGCCUGAUCUAGCCGCCAACGAAGCUCAGCUUCUGAGAAAAAUCCAGCUGCUGUGCCUUAUGGAGAUGACUUUCACACGACCUGCCAAUCACAGACAACUCACUUUUGAAGAAAUUGCCAAAAGUUCUAAGAUCAGUGUGAAUGAGGUGGAGCUGCUGGUGAUGAAGGCGCUGUCGGUGGGGCUGGUGAAAGGCAGCAUCGAUGAGGUGGACAGGAGGGUCCACAUGACUUGGGUGCAGCCCCGAGUGCUGGACUUGCAGCAGAUCAAGGGGAUGAAGGACCGCCUGGAGUUCUGGUGCACUGACGUCAAGAGCAUGGAGAUGCUGGUGGAGCACCAGGCCCAUGACAUCCUCACCUAGCAGCAUGGCAGUGGGAGCGAGCUCCUCACUGAUGGGGGUGGGAUUCUGUUGGAGUAGUGACUGUUCUUCCUGUGAAACAGGACUCACUGGUAGGUGUCUUCUGGACCCACAGUGAGGAUGAGGCAGGCAAGAGUGGGGGCCCGAGGAGUGGGGAGAGCUGGCCCUGCAUGGGGUGGCACCUGCUCCAGGUUGAUCUGCACCCACCCACCAUUGUGAACAUGUUUCCCAUGUGGCGCAAGAUGGUCCUGGAAUAAAUGCCUUUGCUAUGUCCUCA